AUAUUCUCUUUUCAGUGGCUAGUUCAUAUAAUAACGUCACUGUUGAAUUUUGGUUUGAUUUGUUCGAAGUUCACUUAGAAAAUCGAUAUUAUGGCAAUAAAGUCACGUUGAGAUAAAAACCCAUUUUUUUUUUAGUAAUUCACUUUUUCCAGAAAACAUGCAAAGUGUGAUAAAUAGUGUGAAGGGAACAGCUUUGGCUGUCGGCGAGUAUUUAACUCCAGUUCUAAAGGAAUCCAAAUUCAAAGAAACUGGUGUGCUCACUCCUGAAGAAUUUGUAGCUGCCGGUGAUCACUUGGUACACCACUGUCCGACCUGGCAGUGGUCAGGGGGGGACGAAUCAAAAGCAAAAGCUUACUUACCAAAACACAAACAGUUUUUGAUAACCCGCAACGUGCCAUGCAGUAGAAGAUACAAUCAGAUGGAAUAUUCUGGAGACUUUGAGAAAGUUAUAGAAUCUGAUGAUGCAGAUAAUGGUUGGGUUGAUACCCACCACUACGACAAAGAAAUGACAUCCUCAGUUGAAGACAAAAUAUCGGAGAUGACAUUGGAAAACACUAAAGCUGAGAGCAUGGAAGAUGCUUUGAAAAACGAUGAAGAAGAUGAUGAUGAAGAUGAAGACGACGAGGAUGCCGCAGAUAUGGAAGAAUUUGAAGAAAGUGGCAUGUUGGAAGAUGAUCAAGUUGCAAAAGUAGUUCAACCGGUGGCAGCAAACAAAAACACAGAAGAAAUUGGAGAAAUCAUACAUACAAGAACGUAUGAUUUACACAUCACUUAUGAUAAGUACUACCAAACACCUAGGCUGUGGCUGACAGGUUAUGAUGAGAAACACCAGCCGUUGACAGAUGACGAACUUUACGAAGACGUUAGCAAAGACUACGUGCAGAAAACGGUAACCAUGGAAACUCACCCUCACCUCAGUUGCCCCAAAAUGGCAUCCGUUCACCCGUGCAGGCACGCCGAAGUGAUGAAGAGCAUCAUCGAGACUGUGAUGGAAGGGGGCGGAGAUCUGGGAGUUCAUAUGUACUUGAUAAUAUUUUUGAAGUUCAUGCAGUCUGUUAUUCCAACCAUCGAGUAUGAUUACACCCAAAAUUUCACCAUGUAAACCCUUGAAGAUAGAUUUAUUUUGUAUUGGUGCUUUUUCACUAUGAUAUUAUUUGUUGUUACAAUUUUUUUUGAUAUUUAUAGUUUUUCAAUUUGUAAUUUUAAUUUAAUAUAAAACUGCUUCGAAACACCCAA